AUGAUGCGUCUCCGGGGUGCAGAUGGAGUUGUGGAGGGGCCAUCGUUCUCCGCCGACACUUUGAGGAUCGAGGUGGUUGGCCGCACUGGACUUCAUCUGACCGUCGUCGAUCUGCCGGGGCUCAUUUCUGUCUCCAACGACGAGCAAUCCGACGAAGACGUAGAACUUGUCUCCGAACUGGUCGACGACUAUGUUAAGAGCUCCCGUACGAUCAUCCUGGCGGUCGUCCAGGCCAACAACGACAUCGCAAACCAGAGAAUCAUCCAGAAGGCACGCAAGUUGGAUCCUCAUGGACAGCGUACCGUCGGAAUCAUUACGAAGCCAGACCUAGUCAAUCGUGGGACGGAAGGCAGAAUCGCUCUUUUGGCCAAGAACAAGGACACCACCAAGCUAAAGCUCGGCUUUUUCCUACUCAAAAACCCAGGUCCGCUAGAGCUUGACGCCAAUUGCUCGGUCGAAGAGCGAAAACGAAGGGAGCUGGCAUUCUUCGCGAGCAGUCCCUGGGCGGAGCAGAAUCUGGACCCAGAACGCGUCGGCAUCGACGCUCUCACGAGCUUCCUCCAGCAGCUUCUCAAUGACCACAUUGAAAGUGAGCUUCCGAAAGUGCGAAGCGAAGCGUCGGCUCUGUUGGCUCUGACGGAAAAUGAUCUGGACGCCAUGGGAGAGGAAAGGCCGACGGUUGGUCACCAUCGCAUGUUCCUCACACGGUUGAGCAUGCAAUUCUUCAACCUGGCCCACGCGGCGCUUGAUGGUAGCUAUUUGGAACUAGAAUCUGGCCUUUCGGACGGGGGAAAUGAUGUAGAUGUUUCACAUCGCCUCAGGGCACAGGUCCAUAUUCUCAACGGGAGCUUUUCAGAGACCAUGCGCCGAGAUGGGCAAAAGUGGAGGCCGACGAAGAAGCCAACAGAUAGCUUCGUGGAGGAGCAGGACCAAAUUGCUAUGUGUGAAGAAGACAUCCUCCCGGAGAAUGAUUUCGAAUCGUGGAUCAAGCAGGUUUAUAUGAGGACUAGAGGCCGCGAGCUUCCCGGCAACUACAACCACCUUUUUCUUGCGGAGCUUUUCCGAGAACAGUCAAGCCCUUGGGAGAACAUCGCGCGCAAACAUGUGGGAAAAGUGGCCGAGCUUGUUGCAAAUUUUGUCAACAAGGUCUUAGAAAGCAUCAUCAGCGAACAGGAGACGCGGACUCAAGUGCGAAAGUAUUUAGUAGACAAGCUGGACCGGUGCACUAAGAAUGCCACAGAGGAAUUGGCCAAGCUCCUUGACGACGAGAAGCGCCAUCCUAGCACGUACAAUCAUUACUUCACUGAUAACAUUCAACGAUCGCGCCAGGACUCUAUGCGAGCAGCAAUCCAGACCGCCAUGAGGAACGCCAUAUCCCAGGAUUGGGGAGGAAGCUUGCAUAUUAGUAAUACAUCUUCCGACCGGCAGAAAUUUUUUGACUCCCUGGAUCGACGAAUCGAGGUGGACAUGGACACGCAGGCGUGUGAUGAAGCUAAGGUUGGCCUGGAGGCGUAUUAUAAGGUGGCCAGAAAGACAUUCGUUGACAACGUUUGUCGGCAGGUGAUCGAACGACAUAUCCUUUCGGAGCUCCCAGGCAUCUUCUCUCCCACAGUUGUGAGCGAGUUCUCGGAUGAAGAGCUUACACUCAUGGCCUCAGAGCCGCAAAAGCAAAGGGACCACCGGGCGAACUUGCAAAGACUUGCGGAAAAGCUACGUGAUAGCAUCAAAGAGCUGCGAAACUGA